GCCACGGCGAACUGGAGCAGCCAAAACGAAGCGCGGGAGUUGGCACAAAAGCUCCAAAAACGCUGCAGACCCGCAAUAAAUACUUGGUGAAAUAGAGAGAGCGAAGAAAGACAGAGAGCGGGCCGAGAGAGAGGGCCGCUGAGAGAACCCAUUCGAGAGAGAGACUUUCCGAGAUAGAUUGUUAUUUGGCGACAGUCCCCGCACAGAAUUAUCUGCUCAGUGCAAAAGUUGUACUCGUGCUGCGUAGCUCGUGUGGGCAAGGCCGUUUCUCGACACGCCCACCCACCGCCCGUGCCCGUCGCCGCCCCCGCGUGCCCCCUGCCACGCCCCCAGCUGGGAGCAGCAGCUGCUUUUCAGUAAAGUGCGAGCGCGGCAACGGAAUUGCCGCCGGUUGAAAAAAACGUCCUGUGCAAAGUUAUUUAUGUUAAGUAUAAAACAUAUACCACUUUUUGCAUAAUACGAAAACUAAAACUAAACAUUUAAGCGUCGCGUAAAUAUACUAUUUACUUUCGCGCAAUUCCCAUCCCCCUUUAUCAACGAAGCGCCAGCCAGUCCUCGUUAUCAGCAAACGAAACGCGACAAAAACAAAAAACGUUUCAGUGCGACACAAAAAACAAAAAAAAGAAGUAAACACCGAAAUGAAAAGAAAAUGCAUUUGAAAGCGUGAAUGUGUGUGUUAAGCCAAAAAGCCACAGCAACUUUUUCAACAAAAAAUAAUUGGUCGCUUCAAUCAAAGGGAAAAAUCAACUGUUAACCGGCGAGUGGACGCAUUUAAAGCCAUCGAAAAAGACAAACAAGAAGGCAGGCGUGCAUGAAGUGAAAUCUGGCGGCUAACCGGCCGACGAGUCUGGGCCAUCAUCAAUUACCCCCUAUCCUCGCACCUGGCCAUUAAAGUCAAGGAGCGAGUGGCGAAAGUGUGUGGAGCAACAAGUUGGCCGGGCAAAUCCCAGGACUCCAGCACUUCGGGCCCAUAAGUGGGCGGGAGUACGUGACUUAAUCAGCGGACGCAGCAGGAUCCUGAGCCCGGCUAACGAGGCGGCCGGAAGAGGGAGGAGCAGGAUUUGCCCGCUAUGAUUUCAUCCAUGGCACAGUGAGCAGCAGCAACAUGACAGAUGUGUCAUCGCCAGCUGGCGGCCCCGCAGCUCCGGUUGAAAUAACCACCAGCAGCACUACAACACCGCUGACCAAUGGCGCCAACAAGACGGUCACGUCGACGGCAGCUGGAGCAGUCCCUCCAAUCCCCUCCAGCAGCUCCGGUGGCAACCAGGCCAAGCUGGAGCAUCACCACCGGCAGAGCAAUAACAAUCGACCCACGGUGAAUCCGAGUUCCGAAUCGAAGCUGCGAUCUCCAGCCGGCGAAAGUGAAAGGCUGAUGACACCUGCCGGCACUUCCCCAUCCCCAUCCACAUCCAUUUCCACAUCGCCAUCCCCAGCUCAAGCCAGUAUCCAAACUCAAACGAGUCAGCAGGAGAGGCUGGGCAAGCCGAGUCCCACGACAUCCCAGCAGGAUGUCGAUGAGGUGGCCCGCCUGUUUGAGGAGAAGCCGGAGGCCUUCGAGAAGUGGCUCACGGAAAGGGCUCCUCCCGAGGCACUCAGCCGCCUGCAGGAGUUCAUCGAGAACCGCAAGCCGCACAAGCGACCCUCGGUCACCUCCGAUCUCUUCCAGCAGUGGAUGGCCGCCUCGCCCACCGUGCAGCAGAAAUCGCCGAGGAGUCUGUCGAACUCUUCGGCAUCGUCGCUUCCCGAGAGCCGGAGGCAUUUGAUGGACUUGGACGAGGGCGAGCUGUUCAUGGAACUGAUUCGCGACGUGGCCAACGAGCUGGACAUCGAUGUGCUGUGCCACAAGAUUCUGGUCAAUGUUGGGCUGCUCACCCACGCGGAUCGCGGCUCACUCUUUUUGGCCAAGGGUACGCCCACCAACAAGUAUCUGGUGGCCAAGCUUUUCGAUGUUACACAAAAGACAGCACUCAAGGACGCGGUGACUCGGGCCAGUGCCGAGGAGAUUAUCAUUCCCUUCGGAAUCGGAAUCGCAGGAAUGGUGGCGCAGACAAAGCAGAUGAUUAACAUCAAGGAGGCCUACAAGGAUGCGAGAUUCAACUGCGAAAUCGAUCUGAAGACCGGCUACAAGACGAACGCCAUCCUCUGCAUGCCCAUUUGCAAUUACGAGGGCGACAUUAUAGGCGUGGCGCAAAUUAUCAACAAGACGAAUGGCUGCAUGGAGUUCGAUGAGCACGACGUGGAAAUCUUCCGUCGCUAUCUGACCUUUUGCGGGAUUGGCAUCCAGAAUGCCCAGCUCUUCGAGAUGUCCGUCCAGGAAUACCGGCGCAAUCAAAUCCUCCUCAAUCUGGCCCGCAGCAUCUUCGAGGAGCAGAACAACCUUGAGUGCCUUGUCACCAAAAUUAUGACGGAGGCCCGCGAACUCCUCAAGUGUGAACGGUGCUCGGUAUUUCUGGUGGACCUCGACUGUUGUGAGGCGAGCCAUUUGGAGAAGAUAAUUGAGAAGCCCAAUCAACCAGCCACCCGCGCCAUAAAGUCCGCCGAUAGUUUCGAGGAGAAGAAAAUGCGCAACCGUUUCACUGUGCUUUUCGAACUUGGUGGGGAAUAUCAGGCUGCCAACGUUUCGAGACCUUCUAUCACUGAAUUGAGCACCUCGACGCUGGCCCAAAUCGCCCAGUUUGUGGCCACCACCGGGCAAACAGUUAACAUCUGCGAUGUCCACGAGUGGGUCAGAGAUCACAACCAGAUUCGGGCCGAGGACGAAAUCGACAGCACCCAGGCCAUCCUCUGCAUGCCAAUCAUGAAUGCCCAAAAGAAGGUCAUUGGCGUGGCCCAACUUAUCAACAAGGCUAAUGGCGUGCCCUUUACCGAAUCGGAUGCCUCCAUUUUCGAGGCGUUUGCCAUCUUCUGCGGCCUGGGCAUUCACAACACCCAGAUGUACGAGAACGCCUGCAAGCUGAUGGCCAAGCAGAAGGUGGCCCUCGAGUGCCUCAGUUACCAUGCCACCGCCAGCCAGGAUCAGACGGAGAAGCUCACCCAGGACGCGAUUGCCGAGGCGGAGUCCUACAAUCUGUACAGCUUCACCUUUACUGACUUUGAACUGGUCGAUGAUGACACUUGUCGCGCAGUGCUGCGAAUGUUUAUGCAGUGCAAUCUGGUCUCGCAGUUUCAAAUACCUUAUGAUGUCCUCUGCCGUUGGGUUUUGAGUGUCCGGAAGAACUAUCGCCCCGUAAAAUAUCACAAUUGGCGGCAUGCUCUUAACGUGGCCCAGACAAUGUUUGCCAUGCUGAAAACUGGCAAGAUGGAGCGUUUUAUGACAGACCUCGAGAUCCUGGGCCUGCUGGUGGCCUGUUUGUGCCAUGACUUGGAUCACCGUGGCACGAACAAUGCAUUCCAGACCAAAACGGAAUCUCCGCUGGCCAUUUUGUACACUACUAGCACGAUGGAGCACCACCACUUCGAUCAGUGCGUCAUGAUCCUAAACUCGGAGGGAAAUAAUAUUUUUCAGGCCCUGUCACCCGAGGACUAUCGUUCGGUCAUGAAGACCGUGGAAAGCGCCAUCCUGUCCACCGACUUGGCCAUGUAUUUCAAGAAGCGAAAUGCUUUCCUUGAGUUGGUCGAAAAUGGCGAAUUUGAUUGGCAGGGCGAGGAGAAGAAGGAUCUGCUCUGUGGCAUGAUGAUGACUGCCUGCGAUGUGAGUGCCAUUGCCAAACCCUGGGAAGUGCAGCACAAAGUGGCCAAGUUGGUGGCCGAUGAGUUCUUUGACCAAGGAGAUCUGGAAAAGCUGCAGCUCAACACACAACCAGUGGCCAUGAUGGAUAGGGAGCGCAAGGACGAGCUGCCCAAGAUGCAGGUGGGUUUCAUCGACGUGAUCUGCCUGCCACUUUAUAGGGUGCUCUGCGACACCUUCCCCUGGAUCACUCCCCUGUAUGAGGGCACCCUGGAGAACCGUCGCAACUGGCAAGAUCUGGCCGAGAAGGUGGAGAUGGGCCUCACCUGGAUCGAUCACGAUACGAUUGACAAGCCCGUGGAGGAGUUCGCCGCCUGUGCGGAUGAGGAGAUCAAGGACAUCGAGUUCACGGUGACCACUCUCAAUUGCAAUCAGCAAUCGCAGCACGGCAGCGAGGAUAGCCAUACCCCGGAGCACCAGCGAAGUGGCUCCAGAUUGAGCAUGAAGAAGACAGGAGCCCUGGGCAAGGCGGUGCGUUCCAAGCUGUCGAAGACCCUCUACAACAGCAUGGAUGGUUCGAAGCCAAAGACCUCCCUAAAGCUGCUGGAGUCCCACGUCAGCGAGGACAUGGACGACAAGAGCCCCACGAGUCCCUCGCAACCGCAGGCAUCCGGCAGCAUGGGCCGCAUGUCCGCCUCGUCCUCCACCUCGUCGGCCGGCGGUCAGAUGGCGGACAAGUCCAAAAAGCGCUCCAAACUGUGCGCGCUGUUAUGACGAAAGCCGUCCAAUUAGAAUAUGACGACUCCCUCCAGCACGUCGGCCAGUGAGACUGACCACAAGUGCGGAGGGGGGCUGACCGAGUUCUAAUUGGACAUUUGCGGUUCGAGAAAUUCACUAAAACUUGUUGCUCUACCUGUAUCUACUACAGUAUGACGUACUCCAUUUCGAUUAAAUUUAAAUACGAUUCGAAUGAUGAAGCAAUGCUUUGCAACAUUUAAGCAUUAUAGCAAUAACAAGUUUUUUUUAUGAGCCAUAGGAAAAUUCGAAAAAAGAUGUUUGCUUUUUGAAAAUAGUUUUCAUUUUUUCUGAAAGUCUUUAUUUUUAAAUUUGUAUAUAUUAAAUAAUUUAUGAAAUUUAUUUCUGUAAGACCUUUUUUUGAACAUCCUUUUCAUAGUAUAAGAAAAGUGUUAUUUCAUCAAACAAGAAUCCACCCAAAUUUAAUCGAAAUCGAAUUCGAAAACCAGGAGAAUAUGUACAUGUUUGAUAUAUGUUUUAAGUUCUAUAACUAUCCAUAUACAAGCGAAUGAGCAUUGGGCAGAAGCAAAUGCAGUUGCAAUAUUAAACAUAAGUGAAUGUCAAAAUAUGUGAUCUAUUUAAGGUCCCGAAGGUGCGAAGCCCCCGGGUUGAACCUUUUGUCGGAUGCUAUCCCCUCUCUCUAACUAUCUGUCUAUCGCUUUUAGGUGAUUGAAAACCGCGAAACUAAACUAAAUAAGUAGUUCCAACCAACUAGUUACCCUAACCAAAUCGUGCUAGUCAAACGUAUGAGAUACUAUGUGAAGCAACCUAGUUAAGAAUUUGUGAGGCUAUAUUCCAGGCAACGGGCUUUGGGAGUCGAAUAGGGAUCACCACUAGUCCUCGCCUGUGAUCGGCUUGAAAUCUACUUUAUAGCUAAUUGAUAUUUGUAUGCACAGACGUGUGUAUUUACCUAGCAAACUAUAGCAAUAUUAUAUGAUAUUCCCCACACAUCCCACACGAUUGUGAGCACAGCACAAAUAUAGAGAAAUCGAACUACUCUAAAACAGAAGUGAGCAAUUGAAGAUGAAUGAAUUAUACCUGUCGUACUAUGUUUGUAUGUUUAAUUGUAUAAAUAUAAAUAUUAGCUUAAUGAUAGACAUCAGUCAAUUUUUGAACUCGAACUCAAACAAAAACGAAUACGAUAAAUAUUUAGCAUAUAUUGAAUCGCACUCGGCAAAUACGAAUAGUCCGGACCCACACACUUCUAGUUGUUGCAAUGAAGUUUACUUUAUCUGUGUGUACGUGUACAAAGCAAACUAUAAACUAUAGAGCAUAAAUAUAAAGUAAAUAUAUAAUUAUAUACGGAAUCUAUAUGAAAUAUUUACAUGUGACUAAUGUAACUAAAACUGAAUUGCUUAGAAUUAACGUGUUUAAGGGCAUUUCAUUUAUUUUUUCCAUUGGUCUGCGUGUGCUAAUCAAAUUUGGCUAUAAGAUUAUUAACAAAGAUAAACGUUCAAAACUAUUUUUCUAGUUACUCUGCCGCUCGCUUGAAAAUCAAAAUCCAGAUAACUUUAUGAGCCGAUUUACGCAUUUCUCUGGGUUUAGUUGUGACAAUUAAUUGUGUAUAUUUCUCCCGAUAGUUUCGUUGCUUGUUUCUGUUCACCAACGAUCCAAGAAUUAUUCACAUUUGUUUACCUAAUUAUGUAAGACUUGCAAUUAAAUCAAAAAUAAAUCACACCAUUGAG